CUGACAGAGAACAACCAGUUGCUCAGCUCCAGCUUUCUCGGUCGAAGUGGAGCCUCCCCUGAACGCACCGACUGAUGAACAUCCUCGACCUGUUGCCUGCUACACUAGACAGACAGAGAGAGAGAGAGGGGGGAGGGAGAGAGGAAAGAGAGAGAGAGAGAUAGAGAGAGAGGGAGAAGUAGUUUCUUCUGUCUUGGAGGAGAUCGAAGACAACACCAUGAGAUGCAUCAAUGUGUUCUUUAUUCAUCUACGUUUUGAACAGCAGGAGGAAAAGGAGCGGAGUUGGAUGUAGAGGAGUCCACCUCCUCAGUGUGGAGGUGCGGCUUGCUUUGAUAUACAUCUUUGUGUCCGGGAACUAAGGAGAAAGAUCAUGGUCGAGCUGGAGAAGGAGGUGCUCCCGUUGCCCCCUCGGUACCGGUUCCGAGACCUGUUGCUCGGAGACUGGCAGACCGACGACAGGGUGCAGGUAGAGUUUUAUGUGAAUGAGAACACUUUCAAGGAGCGCCUCAAGCUGUUCUUCAUCAAAAACCAAAGAUCCAGUCUGCGGGUGCGAAUGUUUAACUUUGCCCUCAAAGUGCUGAGCUGCCUCCUCUACAUUGUCAGAGUCUUGCUGGACAAUCCGCAACAGGAAAAACAGGACUGCGUGAGCGGAGUAAACUGCACCAAACCAAACGCGUCGUUUCGUCCCGGGAGUGAGUUUGACUGGAAACUGAUCAUCUGGGUGGACAGACCAUUACCACUGUGGGCUCUGCAGGUGUUUGUGGCUUUCAUCAGUUUUUCAGAAACGAUGUUGCUCGUGUAUCUCAGCUACAAGGGCAACGUUUGGGAGCAAGUAUUACGUGUCCCCUUCAUUCUGGAAAUGAUCAGCGCCAUUCCCUUCAUGAUCACUGUGAUUCUGCCCUCCUUCCGAAAUCUAUUCAUCCCUGUUUUUCUCAACUGCUGGCUGGCAAAACAUGCUUUGGAGAACAUGAUCAAUGAUCUCCACAGGGCCAUCCAGCGGACACACUCGGCCAUGUUUAACCAGGUGGUGAUACUCAUCAGCACACUGGUCUGCCUCAUGUUUACAUGCAUCUGUGGCAUUCAGCACCUCGAACGAGCGGGCAACAACUUGACCCUGUUUGAUUCGCUCUACUUCUGUGUGGUCACCUUCUCCACCGUGGGCUUCGGCGAUGUCACCCCACAGAUCUGGCCCUCACAGCUCCUGGUGGUCAUCAUGAUCUUUGUGGCGCUCAUUGUGCUUCCCAUUCAGUUCGAGCAGCUGGCUUUUCUGUGGAUGGAGCGGCAGAAGUCCGGGGGAAACUACAGCCGCUACAGAGCACAGACGGAGAAGCACGUGGUGCUGUGUGUCAGCUGUCUCAAAAUCGACCUCCUCAUGGACUUCCUUAACGAGUUCUUCGCUCACCCACGACUGCAGGACUACUAUGUGGUGAUCCUGUGCCCGGCAGAGAUGGAUGUCCAGGUUAGGAGGGUCCUUCAUGUCCCCCUUUGGGCCCAGAGAGUCAUUUACCUCCAGGGUUCUGCCCUCAAAGACCAAGACUUGAUGAGGGCCAAGAUGGACGAUGCCGAGGCCUGCUUUAUUCUCAGUAACCGGUUUGAAGUGGACCGCAUAGCUGCUGAUCAUCAGACCAUCCUCCGAGCCUGGGCAGUGAAAGACUUUGCACCAAAUUGCCCCCUGUACGUCCAGAUUCUCAAGCCGGAGAACAAGUUCCAUGUCAAAUUUGCAGAUCAUGUGGUGUGCGAGGAGGAGUUUAAGUAUGCCAUGCUGGCCUUAAACUGUGUGUGUCCCGGCACCUCGACGCUCAUCACUCUGUUGAUCCACUCCUCCAGAGGACAGACGGCGCCCCAAGAGGCCUUCAAGCAACGUGUGGGAGCAUUUCAAGCCCUCAACAGGGAGGGUGGGGCUUGUUCGGCGGACCAAUGGCACCGCACCUACCGCCGCUGCUCGGCCAAUGAGGUGCAUCACAUCCGCCUGGAGGAGAGUAAAUUCUUUGGGGAGUACCAGGGCAAGAGUUUCACCUUUGCCUCCUUUCAUGCUCACAAAAAGUACGGCGUGUGUUUGAUUGGAGUACGCAGACUCGACAACACCAACAUCCUGCUCAACCCGGGUCCGUGCCACAUCAUGGGAGCCUCCGACACAUGCUUUUACAUCAACAUCUCCAAAGAGGAGAACUCAGCAUUUGUCAGGGGUCAGAGGGACCCAUCGUGGGGCAGCUCAGGAGGAAAUGCCAGAGGAGUACCGCAGACCAUCUACCACGGACUCACCCGUCUGCCAGUGCACAGUAUCAUCGCCAGCAUGGGCACAGUGGCCAUAGACCUGCAGGACUCCACUGACAGCAGCCCUGAGGGCCAGGACCCCGGCAGCACGGGGCUGGGCAGUGGCAGAGGAAGCAGGAGCAGCUCCAGGACAGAGAUGAGCGGUGCCAACACCUUGGCCCUACCUUCUGUGGGCGACUCAGCCGAGGAGCGACGGCACAGCAUCGCCCCCGUCCUGGAGCUGGUAGAUGGCGUUAACAACCCCACAUUUGACCUGCUGGGAGACCAGUCAGAGGAUGAAGGAGGGGAGGAGGGCAAGGAGGACAGUGACAGGGAUGAGAGUGCCCACUGGUGGGGUCAGCACUGCGAGUGGAUGAAGGGAUACCCACUGAACUCCCCAUACAUCGGCAGCUCGCCUGCGCUGUGCCACCUCCUUCAAGAAAAGAUGCCUUUCUGCUGCCUGCGUAUGGACAAGGCUUGUCACCACAUCCCUUUUGAGGACGCACGCUCGUAUGGCUUCAAAAACAAAUUGAUCAUCGUGUCGGCCGAGAGCGCAGGGAAUGGCCUCUACAACUUCAUUGUGCCUCUCAGGGCCUACUACCGACCCAGAAAAGAGCUCAACCCCAUUGUGCUGCUGCUGGAGAGCAUACCUGAAGCAGACUUCCUUGAGGCAAUCUGUUGGUUCCCCAUGGUUUUCUACACAGUGGGCUCCAUUGACAAUCUGGACAGUUUGCUCCGAUGUGGAGUGACUUUUGCCGACACAAUGGUGGUGGUUGACAAGGAGAGCUCCAUGAUUGCAGAGGAGGACUACAUGGCUGACGCCAAGACCAUCGUCAAUGUCCAGACCCUCUUCAGACUGUUCCCAGCCCUGAGUAUCAUCACAGAGCUCACGCACCCGGCCAACAUGCGCUUCAUGCAGUUCAAAGUCAAAGACCACUACUCUCUGGCUCUGUCCAAAUUAGAAAAGAAGGAAAGGGAGAAGGGAUCCAACCUAGUGUUCAUGUUCCGCCUGCCCUUCGCUGCAGGGAAAGUGUUCAGUGUCAGCAUGCUGGACACUCUGCUCUACCAGUCAUUUGUGAAGGACUACAUGAUCUCCAUCACCAGGCUGCUGCUGGGGUUAGACUCCAUGCCUGGCUCAGGUUUCCUCUGCGCAAUGAAAAUCACAGAGGACGACUUGUGGAUUCGCACCUAUGGCAGGCUCUACCAGAAACUAUGCUCCUCCACUGGAGACAUUCCCAUAGGCAUCUAUCGAACAGAGGCCCACAAGCUACCAGUCUCUGAGUCUCAAGUGUCAAUCACCGUGGAAGACUAUGAGGACACCAGAGAACCCAGAGAACCCCUGUUGUCCCGGAGCGGCGCACACCGUAACUCCACUUCCUCGGAGCCCAUCUCCACCUCCUCCCACUCCUCAGAUCACCCCCUGCUCCGGAGGAAGAGCAUGCAGUGGGCGCGGCGACUGAGCAGGAAGGGCGGUCGGAGCUCCAGCGGGGCCAAGGGGGGACCGGGAAGUGCAGCAGAGAGGAUCAGCCAGCAGAGGCUGACCCUGUUCAGGCGCUCGGAGAGGCAGGAACUCAAUUCCCUGGUGCGGACACGCAUGAAACAUUUGGGCCUUUCUCCAACUGGAUUCAAUGGGAUGACAGACCAAGGCAACAGACUGUCCUACAUCCUCAUCAAUCCCUCUCCAGACACCCGACUGGAGCUCCAUGAUGUUGUGUACCUGAUCAGACCAGACCCCCUGUCUCUGGUGCCCAAUCAGGGGAGCAACAGGAAGUGCAGCGCUGGCCUCUCAGAGUGCCACAGGUUCGAUACGCAGGACAGCACCCACCUGUGAGGAACAAAAAGAGAGACAGACAAAUAUACACCGUCAAAUCACUGCCAGACUGAGGAGAAACAGCAACAACACACACUUGAGGGAGGAGUGGAAAUCAAGAACUGAUGAGAUGGAGUGGGACACACCUCGUCCACACGUCAACCUCGUUGGACUCCACAGUGUCGGACGUGCAUGGACCGUUUCUUUUCUAUGAUGAUGGGAAUGUUUUGUUUAUGCACCUUCCUAUUUUCAAAGCAGAGAACUGUGGGACACAGAAGUGCAUUUAUUGAAAAGCUGUGUGUAUUUAUAUACGUGUAUGUGCAUGUUACGUUCUGCAUCAUGUAUGUGAGGUGUGUGUGUGCGUGUGUGUGUGUGUGUAACGUAUGUGUCUGCAAGUGCUUGAAUGAAUGUGUUGUACAUGUGCUUCUGGACCAAGAGCAAGACACUGCCAAUUUUAUCUGGACAGCUAAAGGGAAGUCAAGGGAUGAUUUUUAUUUAUUUUAUUUUGUUUUGUAAUUGUUCUGUUUGAAGUUUGUCCCUCUCUGUGUACCGUAGGUGUGUUUCGUCACACUUUUAAUGUCGUUUAACGUGUUUGAACCUGACACGACAGUGCCAGUGCCGUAAGGUUUUUCUUUCUUUCUUUGUUUUGGUCUUCAUAAAGCCUUUUUCAAAACUUUUUA